AUGCUCCGAUAUGUCCUCAACAGACUGGAGCCGACGAAGUCAGAAGAGCGCUCAGGAGCAAAAUCAAAGUCUGCAGCGGUGCUCAAGCGACUUGGACUGAAGGAUCUGCAUUUGACAGAGCAUGAGACUAUAAUAGCGGCAGAAGUCGUACAUCCGGACGAUAUCAGCGUACGUUUUGAAGAUGUUGGUGGACUCGACCCGAUUAUCGUAUCGCUCCGCGAGACCGUCAUUUACCCCCUUCGCUUUCCCAAUCUUUUCCGCUCUGCAUCCAAUUUGAUCAGUGCCCCUAAGGGCGUCUUAUUAUAUGGGCCACCAGGUUGUGGGAAGACGAUGCUCGCAAAAGCGCUCGCCAAAGAAUCCGGUGCAACGUUCAUCAACAUCACUGCAUCCGUAAUAACGGACAAGUGGUUCGGGGAGAGCAACAAGCUUGUGGACGGACUUUUCAGCCUUGCAAGGAAAAUGCAGCCCAGCAUCAUUUUCAUCGAUGAAAUCGAUACCUUCCUGCGGGAUAGGGCUAGAGGAGACCAUGAGGCAAUGGGAAUGUUGAAGGCAGAGUUCAUGACCCUUUGGGAUGGGUUGACGUCAUCCGAUGAAACUCGCGUCCUAGUCUUAGGAGCGACCAAUAGACCCGAGGAUAUCGACCCCGCAAUCUAUCGGCGAUUGCCCAAGCGGUUCGGUGUCGGGCUCCCAGAUGCCUCUCAGAGACAAAAAAUCCUGGAACUUAUGCUCAGGAAUACUCCUCUUGAUCCAACAUUGGAUAUGCAAGAGCUAGUCAGAGAGACAGUGGGUAUGUCGGGCAGUGAUCUAAGAGAGUUGUGCCGUGUGGCAGCAUUGGCUCCUGUACAAGAAUUUAUGAGGACGAGUGGAGGAACGGAUGAGCAGAUGGCGGAGGCAGUAAUGAAUGACUUCAAGCUACGACCAUUGCGCAUAGAGGACUUCCCUGUCCAUGAGGUGAAGGACCUGGCAGCGUAG